UUUUGCCUUAAAGUUCUGGAGAAUACCUGAUCGUAGACCGGUCACCAGGAACAUCGGUGGAUGGAACCGACAGAACGACUGCAACGAAGGAUACAUGUACUGCGGUUCCACCUGUUACAGCAUUUACCAAGCGUGUUCAAAUUCAGAGUGCUCCUCCAGGCUAUCUUCCCGUAUGUGCGAGAUGAUCACCCAGCGGAAGCUGGACCUGCCGGUGAAGGGCACGAACAUGACACAUGAGAUGGUGACCUUAUUGGCUUCCGCUGUCAACAUUACUCUGAACAACAGGAAAGAGUGUCCAAUGCUGUACACCCGCAUUGGUGACUACUGCCUCGCUCUCUUCUCCCCUGCGAAGGUGUCGUGGCCAGAAGCGAGACAGUUCUGCAGAUCCAUUUACGGCGAUCUGUUGAAAUUUGAAGACUUCAGGGAUUUCGGACUUCUGUUGCAGUACAUGAGAGCAGCAAAGCUGACAACUGAUUACUGGAUCGGAGGUCGCUUCGACUUGGAUACUAAUGCUUGGUCGUGGACCGUGGAUGACUCCACCAUGCCCCUGGGCUCUCCCUACUGGGCUGAGAGAUACAUUGGCACAUGCACCCGGCGCCCUCCACCUCAUACUGAUCCCUUCAGCAACCCGCCUGCUGCGCUGCCUGGUGCUGCCUGCUAUCAGUAUACGCAGGCACCUAAGAACCGCCAGCAAGGAUGGUGUUCCGCCCUGACCUAUGAGCAUUUCUACUAUAUAAGUGACGAGAUCUGUCAGGAGGAAAGGAGUCCUCUGUGUAUGCUGGUAGACACUGAGGAAGACCUGCCCGAAGGCGAACCAAAAGUGGAACCCGAUCCUAAAUCACCCCCACAGCUUUAAUUCUCAUCCUCCUCUUGCCCAGAUUACGACUUGUUACAAUAAUGGCUAGUUUGAUCCUGUGCAGGUUUUAAAGGCCCUGUACAUGCCUCUAAUCACAUUCCUCUUGCAUGGCUUGGGAGUCGCUGAUUAUUCUUAACCUGACUCCCAUAAUAGUAUGCAGUUUCAAGAAAGUAUUAAACCUGCCUUACUGUUAUAACUAAUCUCAAAUAUAUAGGUUUUCCAGAAGUUUAUGUGGUAAGAACAUACUAGACGAGAUAAACCAACUCCACAGAAGUAUGUAGAAUUGUAACCUCACAGUAAAAAUAACUUUCAAGUA